AUGGAUCUAUCUGGGGAGGGAACCGAGGCGGAUAUGACCAUCGCGGUCAUGGGGAUGACAGGCGUGGGGAAAAGCACAUUCAUCCGGCAUUGCCUCGAUGCAUCGUCUGCAGCGCAGCCCAUCAUCGGGCACGACAUUGAGUCUUGUACCCAAGACGUUGAGGUAUACCAGUGCCAAUAUGGGAUGGAUCGGCAAUACACAGUCGACCUUGUCGAUACACCUGGUUUUGACGAUACGCAUCGGUCUGACAGAGAGGUCCUCGAGGCCAUUAGCCUGUGGCUUACAACAAGCGGGAGGUACCAAAGCAAUCGCAAACUUCAUGGCAUCAUCUAUCUACACCGCAUUAGCGACGUACGAAUGCAGGGUUCCGCGCUCAACAACUUGAGGAUGUUCAAAAAGCUAUGUGGCCCUGAGGCUUUCCAUCGCAUCCUUCUGACAACUACCAUGUGGGAGCAGGUCCUACCAGAAGAUGGUUCACGGCGCCUAAGCCAACUUGAGACUGCGGACGACUUCUGGGCGCCCAUGAUACGCAAAGGCAGCCGGGUCGUCCAACAUCUGAAUACGCCAGACUCGGCCAAGAAGCUUAUAGGGCUCUUCCUCGAUAAGCCCAACGCUGCAGGGCAGUCGCAGCUCCCCACGAGUAUCAUACUUGACAUCCAAACGGAGCUAUUGAAGAAAGAUGCGACUCUAAUGCAGACUGGCGCCGGCCGUGAGCUCGACGGCAAUCUCGCUGCGGCCCAGAUCAAAGUGGAGACUGAGGUUGAGACUAUCAAGGCCGAUAUCCGCGAUGCCGAAGCCGAGUGCGACGACGACGACGCCGAGUACUUGCGUAAGCAGAUUCCGACACUUAUGCGCAAGAUCGAGGAGCUGCAGGCUGACCGCGAGGGCCUGCACGUCAGCUUCAAAGAAGUAAUGGAGUUGGAACGGCGGCGACAAGACAAGGCUUCCGAGAUGCAGAAGAAUCUCCAAGAAGAACGUAGUAGGACUGCCGAGCUGCGCCGCAAUACAGAGGACCUACGUCUCAAGCACGAGGGCGAGAUGGCACGUCUACGUAAACAGCUGCAAGGGACACAGAUCGACAGGACCCAAACAACAGAAGUGGCAUCCCCGAACCUCGCAACAUGGACGCGGCAAAUAAAGUUGCAAAACUUACAUACAACGUCAUUCAAGGUCUUUGGAGAUGCAUUUUUCUUCCAAGCAAGCAAUAGCUGCAUAUGGUCAGUAUCUCUGGGGUUCUGA